UAUGAUAUCUGAGGAAAAUUUAAAAAAUGAAUUUGAAACCUUUAAUAUUAAAUUGAAGUCGGAGAACAUUAUUAAUAGAAUUUUAUUAUUGUGUCAUCUGUACGCAUAUAAUGAAGAAAAUUUUGUUAGCGAAUGGAUGGCCUAUUCAUUGAACAAUGAUAUAAACGAAUAUAUAGAUGAUAAAUUGUUGGAUAAAUUUGAAUCUGAUAUUUUAUUGAUGAAAAAAAUUGCCAAGACUGAAAAAUUGACACCAAAUAAAUCAUAUUUAUCUUACCAUAGUCUAUGUGAAAGUCCAGUAAAUGAAAUAUUGAAAUUAUAUAGUGGUUCAAAUUACAAAAAUACCUCUCAAGCAUAUCAGGCAUCUUCGACUCCUAACAUACCUAAAGCUGCCCACAAAGGAAAUAGGGAAACCAAUCACCCAUCGAUAGCGUCUCCGAUACCUAAAAUCGGUGGCAUAAAAAGAAAAAUCGAAUUGAAUGAUUAUAACGAACAAGAUGAUAAAUCUUUCGAAAAGCCUCCAACUAUUAAUUUAAAAUUGAGGGAGAUUUUAAAAUACGGGCGCGACGAUCUAACGCUAAAUAAUGGCCAUCAUUUUGGCGAAGAAAACGAACAGCUGCUCAAUAAUUUGUUACAAAUCAAGAUAUUAAACCAUUUCAUUUCAACCAGGAACUCACCUAUAAGAUAUAUGUAUCAAAAUCUCAAUACCAACUGCCAAAUUAUCGAAGGUUUUAUGGUGGAUACCGCCAACGACAUUUUAGCUUCUCUUAGCAGCGACGACCUCCAACUGACAAAUAUCGCAAAGACGGAAAAAACAAACGAAGAAAAUGUCGCGCUUGUAGAAUUAGAAAAUGAGUCAUAUAACGACAUCGAAAAUGAUAUAAAUAAGGGAAAAGACAUCCUCAAUAAAACUCAAAAUUACUUUAACUCUUUCACGACGAAUUGUGCCGAGGAUAUAUUGACAUACGGUCAAAUUUUGAACGCCAACUGUGAACACGAACACCCGGGCGACAAUCUUGUUUUUUUCGACGCCCAUGCAAAAUCCAAGAACACCAAAGACUCGAUAACUCAUAACAAUAAUCUAAAUACGAAUACGGUUAAAAUGGCAACAAGUGGAAUCAUAUUAAGGGGGAGUAGGGAAUUGUGCAAUGGAUCCUGUAUUAAGCUCGACGUUACAUCGCGAUUAAAGGAAUAUUCCAUUUUUCCAGGCCAGAUAAUGGCUUUGAAGGGCAAUACUGCGAAUGGGAGGAGUCGAUUCAUGGUACAAGAUAUAUAUUAUCCGUCCAUUCCUAAACCUGACAUCAUUCCGGAAAUGGAUGGUUUAUCCAAGAAUUUGAACAUCUUAGUUUUCGGUUCACCUUUUACUCACCCGACUCAAAACCUAGAUUUUGAGCCACUCCACGAUUCACUUGCCUUGAUAUUGUCAGAUAAAAGGCCGGAUAUAUGCAUAAUGAAUUACAAAUUUCAAAAUAACGAUAAUACCGCCGAUAUGACGUUCGAAGAAAUAUUUGUACAAAAAAUUUUAGCCUUCAUAUAUAGCUACGUCUUAAAAUCAAAGAACAAUACCAUAAAGUUCUUAUUGGUUUCAUCUUACAGGGACGUAUUUCAAAGAUUCGAUGUUUAUCCUACCCCGUCCUAUAAUAUUGAUCUGCAUCAACAUCAGCUCUCGGAUAUCGAAAAUAAUGUAAUGUUUUUACCAGAUCCAUGUAUUCUAAACAUAAAUGGCAUAAUCAUAGCUCUCUCUUCGACUGACACUUUAUUCCACCUUAGUUGCGAAGAAAUUUCCUUUUACCCGGAAACCACAACGGAUAGAAUGGGGAGACUUGUUAAACAUAUAAUAUCGCAUAAAAGCUUCUAUCCGUUACAACCACCAUCAUUGGAUAUCAAUAUUGAUUAUGAAUUGCUUCAAAAGUAUGCCUUGUUACCCAAAACACCACAUUUAAUCAUUUUACCCUCCGACCUUAAAUAUUUCGUCAAGAAUAUAGAAGAUUGUGUAGCCAUCAAUCCCGGAAGAUUUAUAAAAGGUUCUUUUCCCGGUACAUUUGCAGAAAUCAUUAUUAACAAAAAUAUCGAUAAUAUUUACAAUAUUCUUGAUCAUUGUUGUAUUAAAAUAUUUGGAUAUUGA